CACAAACAAACAUAUCAGAUCAAUUCAAUUAUAUAUAAGCGCGACCAAGAACAACAACAACGACGACAACAAGAAGAUCGAGGAAGAAUUAAGGAUCGACGACGAUGAUGAUGAUUAUGAGGAAAGGACCGUGGACAGAAGAAGAAGACAUCCAGCUUGUCUUGUUUGUGAAUCUCUAUGGAGACAGGAGAUGGGAUUUCAUUGCUAAGGUUUCAGGUCUGCGAAGGACAGGAAAGAGUUGCCGACUCCGAUGGGUGAACUACCUUCAUCCCGGUCUCAAGAGAGGAAAGAUGACUCCCCAAGAAGAAUGCCUCGUCCUUCAACUCCAUUCCAAAUGGGGAAAUAGAUGGUCUAGGAUAGCACGCAAGUUGCCUGGUCGUACCGACAACGAGAUAAAAAAUUACUGGAGGACUCUCAUGAGAAAGACUGCUCAAGAGAAAAAGAGCGACCAUAUAUCUCGCGAUCACUCCUCACCCAUGAUCUCAAACUCCUCUUCAUCGUCGGGUAGCAAUCCCGUGUCCUCCAUGCUGGUUGGGGAUUGUGACGAGAGAAGCUUCUACGAUACUGGCGGUUUGGAACACGUUGACUCGGUUAAUCCUAAGACAAAGGACGAAGAAGGAGAAGAAGAAGGAGACGAAGAGGAGACGAGCAAUGACAUAUGGAAGGACAUAACCAUGAGCGAAACAAACAUGUUUUGUGAUGGAAACUUGUCUAAUAAUUACCAAACAAUGCCUUCACCGAUAUGGGACAAAUAUUCGCCCGGAUCGUUGUGGAAUAUUCUAGAUACGGACGAGAGCAAGAUGUUUGCGCCUCUUUGCAGCGGCAGCCAUCAAAGUUUUGCAGGAUAUGACAAUCAAGUGAACAUGUAUGAUCUUAGCGGGUAGCUAACUUGUUCUUUAUUCAUUGUAGACGUGUUUAAUAAAUAAACAAUCUGAUCAAUAUGCAUGUUAUAACAUUUAGUCCAUUAAUAUUUGGAUAGCUAUAUAUAGUGUAUGUACGUAAGUACGUAGUCAUGCAUGUAGUCGAUCGAUCUCACUCUCUUUAGAUAUGGUAGUACAUCCACCAUGUGUUUAAUUAUCUCUAUUGUAUGUUCUCAUCAUUUACCACUACUAUAUAUUGAUAUAUAGUUCAAUAUGUUGUAUUAUGUACUAUAAAUAAAUGAAUAUUGUCACAUAUUAAUAUGUGAAAUUAAUUUCCUU